AGUCCAGCCCCCUGCUCUCGCAGGAGACCUAUCCGAGGGAUUCCAACCCGCCCAAACUGCCCACCUUUCUGAUCGACAAGCCUCAAAGACCCCCAUGGAGCUCAACCUGUUGUCUGUUGUUAAGCGAGACAGGGUUGUUUUAACUGUUUGAGUUUUGCCUCGUUUUACGACCUUUCUUCCUGGCCACGGUUGUUAAGGGUAUCCCUGCAGCGGAUAAGUUAGUCACCCCGUUAUUAAGUGAAUCCGGCUUCCCCGUGGAUUGUGCUCAUCAGAAGAUCUCAAAAAGGGAUCACAUCAACGGUCAGAUGGAGGGCGACUUCCAGUUCCUCUUGUGCGACAGAUGCCAGAGAGAAGCCAGGAACCCCAAACUCCUCGCCUGCUUACACACCCUCUGCACCCAAUGCCUUGAGGAUAACAAGCCCAUUGGGCAGUGUCCGGUGUGUGGCGGCCCCGUCCAGACCUCGGACAGAUUUCCAAUUCAGGAUAACUUGCUUUUCUCCAACCUCCAGACCAAGCUGAACACCUACCAGAAGAUCGUCAGCAAUCAAGAGCUGGUUUGCAAUCACUGCAAAGAAGGGGCAGAGUUUUGGUGCUCGGAGUGCUUGGAGUUCCUGUGCCUGAAGUGUUACGAAGCCCAUCAGUGGUACUUGAAGCAGAAAAGCCACGAGACCCAACGGCUGGCCGACCUGAGGAAGGAGACGGCCCAGAGUUUUCUCGAAGGGGCAAGGAAGACUUGUACCCUCUUUUGCGCUGAGCCCACCCACAACAACCAGGUCAUAAGCAUCUAUUGUCGUGGCUGCCACAAACCGCUCUGUUGCUGUUGUGCCCUGCUCGAUGGAGAACAUUACAACGCCAAGCUUUACAGUGACAUCCGCGUGGAAAUUGAGAACCGGAAGGAGGAACUGAGCAGGCUGAAGGAGGAGCUGCGGGAGAAUAAGAGGAGUUCUGAGAGUACCCACAACAAUGUCCAUGAGCAUCUGAAGAAGCUGGAGAAGGUCCGGAACGAGACCCGUGAGUUGAUCCAGAAGAAGGUGGAGGACAUGGUCCAGUGGAUCCAGAAGAAAGGGGAGGAUCUUUUGGAGAAAGUGGACCAGCAACUCUGCCAAGAGCAAGAAGAAGCCAAGAAGAAGCUGGAGUGCAUGGAGCAGAUCCUCAAGCGAAUGAAGGCCGGCGAGCAGCUGGUGGAGAAGAUGGACCUCUUUGCCUCCGACCAAGAGGUGAUAGACAUGCAUCCCUUCAUCAAGGACUCCCUGGAGAGGCUCAAGAAAGAGAAGCUGCCCGUUUCCAGCUUUCGGAUCCAAGUGGAGAACUUCGAUGAGGUCCAAGGGGAGCUCCAAGCUCUGCUUAAGAGAGUCAAAGGAGAAGAUGCUUUUGGGUGUGCGGUUUCCACGCCUGGAUCUUGCAGUUCCAUGGUCAAUUCGGAAAGUCUGCAGAAUGAGAAACCUCAAGCCAAAUCUCCCGGAAUGAAAAAACAGAGGCCUACGUAUACCGUCAGUGUUGCCAAAACCUCACAGGGCUUUACCACGUCGAUUAGCGGUAUCUCGCCCAUCAAGCGACCGAUAUCCCAGUUGGAGAAGUCCAUCCAGGCUUCUCCCAAGAUAAUGAAGUUGGAAGAACAUGACUGCGACCCUCCUGAGGUCUCCGAUCAGCAAGGCCAGGAGAACGUCCCCAGGUCUCGACGGCCUUCGUUCCGUGAAUCGACCCCAGAGCACCAGCACGGAGAAGCUACCAAAUCGUUGAUACUCAGAGAAGAUUCCCCUCCUGCGAUCUGUGAAUCAGAGGUUGCCAGUAUUGUGAUCAGUAGCUCUGAAGACACCGAAGACGACAUCGUGUGACCAUCUGCUUGUUCCAGACUGGUUUCCAGUAAGCUGAGCCUGAGUUAGCAGCCACAGGAUUGGACGUACCAUUGGCACUUUCCUCCUAUGCUUCUUCUAAUCACAUCCCUGAAGAGCGAACAGCUGCCUCCGAGCACCAAUUUCGAGCUGUGGUUUCCCUCCAGGGCCAUGGAAAACGAUUGUCUCUUUUCUCCUUCCUUCCUUCUGCACAGUUUUAUCCAGCCUGUAAUUAUAAGCACUGAAUCACGAAUUGCUAAUCGUCUCCGGAUGCACAGUCUUUCCAUGGGUGGCAGAAUCAGGUGGGGGCUGUUGAACGAAGAUAUUUUAUCUCUCUACUCCACUCCUGGGCGUGUUCUGCUAGCAGUUGCUUCCAAAUAGCCUUGGGAUAUUUUUAUUUUUGCCUGAUUUAUAGCUCAGUAACUAGAGGAAUUCAAAGGAAAUUGCUUUCCACCUUCAGUCAGUGGGUUUGGCUUGCCUGGUUUUCUGAUUAUUACCGAAAGUUUGUAUGUCGUACUUUUUCUUUAAAGGACAAAGAUGCUUCUUUGGGCUUCUUAUAUAUUAUUUCCUUAUCUCUUGGGGGGGGGGGAAUCCUCUCUGGUUAGAAGACAGACAACUAACCUUGUACCUGCUGGCUAUAUUAGAAAUACAAAUCCUGAUGGCUUUUUAAACAGAUCCAAUGAACUCUGAUGGAGAUCAUCAAUUCAAAUGAGGUUGAAUCUCUCAGUUUCAAAGUCCGGUCAGUUUCUCACUGAUUAUUCCUGAAUCCCUUCUGUCUCCUAGUCUGGCUGUUAAAAGAGCCAGUAGCCAAAAUACACUGGAUUACCCUUAAAGAAACCGAAGGAUCUUGAUUUGUAGAGUCACGUCGACAGCAAGAUGGGUGGCGAAUAAAAUUAACAAAUAAGUAAGAUAAAAUAAAUCAUAAACCACAGUGUGUGCCCACUGCGAAAAUGACAUGGGACCGUGAUGGCGAACCUAUGGCACACGUGCCACCAGUGCCACGCAGAGCCAUAUCGGUGGGCACGUGAGCUCAGCUCCGGCAUGCAUGUACAUGCCGACCAGCUGAUUUUCGGGCCUUCUGGGGCCACUGGAAGUAGGGAAACAAGCUGUUUCCUGCCUCCGGAGGGCCUGUGGGGGUGGGGAAGGCCCGUUUUUCUCUCUCCCCAGGCUCCAGAGCGUUUCUAGGAGCCUGGGGAGGGCAAAAACAGCCUUCCCCACCCCCUGGAGGCCCCCGGGAGGUCCCCCGGAGGCCGGAAACAGCCAUUUGCUGACUUUCAGUCCCACCGGAAGUUGGCAAACGGGCCAUUUCCGGCUUCCAGGGGGUGAAGAAGGCCGUUUUUGCCCUCCCCAGGCUCCUAGAAACGCUCUGGAGCCUGGGGAGAGAGAAAAACAGGCCUACCGGGCCCACUGUGUCAAAAGCGUGGGGAACGCGGGGGCAGGGUGCAUAGAAUUAUGGGUGUGGGCGCACGCACGCGCGACCCCCCCCGCGUUCACCUCGCUUUUGGCACGUGAUGGCAAAAAGCUUAGUCAUCACUGACACAGGAUGUCACCAUUCUUCAUUAAAAGAACCACAUUAGAGUAAUUUACUCUUCCUAAUAAGCCUGAAGAAAGAUGCAGCUAUUUUAAUGAAUCAGCUGAUGAAUGUGCUGUGUUUUAAAGCAAUCCCAGGGUUCCUCAAAUGGAAAUUAGGACUGCCAGGCUAAGCUAGCAUUGGCUUAAUCAUGGGAUCGGGGAAUUAACAAGAUUAGCUGGCUUCACGCAGUGCAUUAAGCUCUGAGCCAGUUUGUGUGUGUGUUUGCACUGCCUGGAAUUGUUUUUGUAAAAAUAAAAAAAGGGAUAUAAAUAAGUUAAAUAAACAGGUUUUACAAGCCACCGUGGCUAAAUUCCCCCCCAAUAUGCUAAGCCAAAACCAAAUAAAGGACAUUAUAUGACUA